AUGCGCAAUCCCUCGCUCCUAAUACCACACCUUACCAUCUCAACAUUCCUACAACUACCAGAAGACCUAUCCUACCAUCUAAUUGACUCCGUUGCACCCGAGGCCGCCGGGGCACGACCACCCACCAUCCGAGCGCUGGUGAUAGACAAAGACAACACCCUAACGCCGCCUCACAAACUCACUUUUCCAACAGCCUACUACGAGAAACUGAAACAGCUACGGACAAGCGAGUCGUCGCCUUUCAACAUGCAUACGAAUCCGGACGGGAUACUAAUCGUAUCCAACACCGCCGGAUCAGACCCGCGAAGCAAGCGGUAUGAAGACGACGCGAAGAAGCUAGAAGAGUAUCUUGGGAAGUUGGAUAUUAAGGUGUUCAGGGCCCCUGGAGGGGGGUCGGCGGUGAAGAAGCCGAUGUCGUAUGCGGCUGUGUUGGAGUAUUUGAAGAGUCGGGGCGUGGUGGAGAGGGCGGAUGAGGUGGUUGUUGUUGGGGAUCGGGUGGGAACAGAUGUUCUUAUGGCUUCGAUGAUGGGGUCGUGGAGCGUGUGGACGAGAGAUGGCGUGACGCAGGAUAUGAAGGGGAGAGAAGGGCAGAGUUAUCGAGGUGUUUUGGCGGGGGUGGAGAGGUAUUUGGUGAGAAAGCUGCAGCGGAGCGGAGUCAAAGCUGCGCUGCCGAAGGCGUGGCAGCAUCUUUAG